GGACCUCAGCCAGCUGAGCACCCAACAUUGCAACUCAUACUUCUUGGAAGAAAGGCUGCUGUGUGGUGCGAUCUGGCUGAGAAGAGGUAACGAGGGCCACCUUGUGUCUGCCAAUCAAACGGCGAAAAUGGCCAUGCUUCCACUAUUGUCAUUGCUGCUAAUUUGUUAUGGAAUUGGCAACACCCGAUGCUCGACAGUCCCUGGUAACACCAAAGACAUGCUCUCCUUGCUAGAUUUCAAACGAGCCAUCACCAGUGAUCCAAGCCAAGCCUUGAGCUCUUGGAACACUAGCAUCCAUCAUUGCCAGUGGGAGGGUGUCAACUGCAGCCUGAAGCACACAGGGCGCGUCACGGCGCUCGACCUCACAGGCCAAAAUUUGCAAGGCCAAAUUGCUCCAUCUCUUGGAAAUUUAACCUUCCUUAGAAGUCUCGACCUCAGCUCAAACCGCUUCUUUGGUCAGUUGCCCACUCUUAACCAUCUACGUAGGCUGCAGUUUCUUAUCCUGGGAAAAAAUAUGUUGCAGGGGUUCGAUCCUGAUGCACUUAGAAAUUGCUCCAACUUGCAGUACCUAGACCUUUCUUUAAACUCUCUAACAGGUUCGAUCCCCCAUAAAAUUGGCUUACUCUCUGGCCUUUUGACUUUGAGCCUCGUUGAAAAUAAUUUCACCGGCACCAUUCCAUCAAGCCUGCGAAACAUCACCCUUCUAGAACAAAUCAAUCUAGAACUUAAUCAUCUCGAAGGGAGCAUUCCGCAGGAGCUUGGGCAUUUAUCAAAUCUGGUAGUGCUGGAACUAGGAGAAAAUAGCCUUACAGGUAAAAUCCCAAGAAUAAUUUUAAAUCACUCUACUCUUGAAAUGCUUGACCUUCAUUCGAAUUUUUUACACAUGGAAUUGCCAUCUAACAUCGGCAAUACUCUUCCUAACCUUUCUUGGUUAUUCUUGUACAAUAACAUGUUUCAAGGUCAAAUCCCAGACUCCCUAGGUAAUCUUCUACAACUUGAAUAUAUAGAUUUUACAUCCAAUAAUUUCAGUGGCCAAGUACCUAGUUCCUUGGGGAGGCUUAUUAACCUGAAAUAUUUAAAACUUGAGCAGAACAUGCUGGAAGCGGAUGACAAUCAAAGCUGGGAAUUUUUAGACGCAUUAAGCAAUUGUAGAUCUCUGCGAGUGCUCUCGUUAUACGAUAAUCAGCUGCAAGGAGCCAUACCCAACUCAAUUGGAAAUCUGACGCAAGACCUUGUGGCUCUAGGAUUAGAUAAAAACAACUUGUCGGGGACAGUUCCAGAGAGCAUAGGGAACCUCACAGGCUUAAGUAUUCUAUUACUGUCUGAAAACAAUCUAUCUGGUCAAGUUGGAUCAUGGAUUGGAAAUUUAAGGAACAUGGGAGCGUUAAGCCUUUCAUACAAUAACUUUUCUGGGCCGAUUCCAUUCUCCAUUGGUGGGCUUAUUCAGAUGUGGAAGCUCUUCCUGAAUGGAAAUAAAUUUGAAGGCCCCAUACCGCCCAGUUUAGGAAACCUUCCAUUUCUUUCAUUACUGAAUCUUAGUCAGAACAAUCUAAAUGGGCAUAUUCCUUUAGAGCUAUUUAGUCCUCUCUCCACAAUCACCACAUGUAUAGUGUCCUACAAUAAUCUAGAAGGUCCAAUUCCUCCCGAGGUUAGCAAUCUUAAGCAACUUGUCGACCUACAAAUUUCGUCGAACAAACUUAAUGGGGAAAUUCCUAGCACUUUGAGCGAAUGUCAGGAGUUGCAGAUCCUCCUAAUGGACAAAAACUUUCUCACAGGAAAUAUUCCGAGGUCCCUAAGUAGUCUAAAAAGCUUGAGCGUGCUCAAUCUUUCCUAUAAUAUUUUGUCAGGAUUCAUCCCUAUAGAACUCAGUAAUCUGUCAUUCUUGACCCAACUCGAUCUCUCUAAUAAUAGUCUACAAGGUGAAAUACCAAGAGAAGGAGUAUUUGGAAAUGUUACAGCCGUCUCACUCGGUGGCAAUUGGGGACUCUGUGGAGGUAUACUGGGCCUAAAUAUGCCCUUAUGUCAUGUUAUUUCUCAGAGAUCAGAAACAGAGUACUAUUUGAUUAGAGUAUUGAUUCCAAUACUUGGUUUCACGUCACUAUUGAUGUUGGCUUACCUUGUGACAAUGAAAAGGACAUCAGGGGGAACAUACAAAUUUGUACUUUCUUUCGGUAGGCAAUUCCCUAGAGUUACCUACAAGGAUCUAAAUCAAGCAACAGAGAGCUUCUCAGCGGCAAACCUCCUCGGACAAGGAAGCUACGGUUCAGUGUAUAGAGGAAAGUUAACUCAAGCGAAAAUUGAAGUGGCUAUUAAGGUGUUUCAUCUUGACAUAAAAUGUGCAGACAAAAGUUUUGUGACGGAAUGCGAGGUUUUGAGAAACAUUCGGCAUCGGAACCUCCUACCGAUCCUAACUGCAUGUUCGACGAUAGACAAUAAUGGUGAAGCUUUCAAGGCUCUAGUUUACGAGCUCAUGCCUAAUGGGAAUUUGGACUCAUGGCUGCAUAACAAAACUUCUGGUAGUUGUUCGAAAUGUCUGAGCCUAGCUCAGAGAGCAAGCAUAGCUAUCGGCAUAGCAGAUGCAUUGGCUUACUUACACCAUGACUGUGAAAGGCAGAUUGUACACUGUGAUUUGAAACCAACAAAUAUCCUUCUUGAUGAUGGUUUGAAUGCCUAUUUGGGAGACUUUGGCAUUGCAAGCCUAGUUGGACAUUCAAGUUCAAAUACCGCGGGUGGACUGAAGGGAACGAUAGGGUACAUAGCUCCUGAGUAUGCUCAAACUGGCCAGGCAUCAAUCCGUGGAGAUGUUUACAGUUUUGGAAUAGUACUCCUAGAGAUGCUGAUUGGCAAAAGGCCCACGGACCCUUUGUUUGAGAAUGAACAUAGCAUGGUCAACUUCGUGGAGAGGAACUAUCCAGAUCAGGUACUACUUAUCAUUGAUGCUCGUCUUGAUGGAGAAUGCAAGAGGCAUAACCAAGCAAACACCGGAAUAGAAAAUGCAGGCUACAAAUGCUUGUUAUCGCUCGUGCAAGUCGCUCUUUCUUGUACACGUCUGAUCCCAGGGGAGCGGAUGAGCAUACGAGAAGUAACUACCAAGUUGCACUCAAUCAGAACUUCAUACAUCACAACCAACGGAGAGCAGGCCAUGCUUUGCUAGAGUGGUUUACAACGGAUAAUGAUCUCCUGUUAUAUAGCAGGUUGAGUUGUUGCUGUUUUUUUUUUCCGGGGUAUAGCAGGUUGAGUAUGUCCCUGAGAUUUACAAGAGGCGUCAUGCCCUUGUUGUGCAUCUUAUUUACAAUCUUCAAACGUAUUUAUGAAGGGGCUGGGUGUUAACUCUUGAUGGAUGUAUCGCUCGAUACAGCCUCAACUGUAAAUGAAAACUCCCUUCAUCAUAAAAAAAAGGAGCGAAUACAAUGUUUAUUUCA